AUGAAGCUGACUUGGUUGUGGCCCAACUACGCAAGGCGUCGAGCCUGCGAUACAACCACCUGAGUACUCCGAGCGCGAUCAACCGGAACAUCACGGUUCGCUGGUCCGGGAGCCCUAGCGAUGCCACAUCACAGGCUGGCGGUGCUCGAAAUUCACGCGGCAGUUGCCGACCGGCGACUCAGCCUAGGCACAGAUAGAGGUCCGGGUAGAUCCGAAGAAGGAGGAGAGUUGGAGAACCACAUUCAAAGGGCGAAAACUCAUUCCGAUUAA